AUGAGGGUUCCUUUGGUUCUUCUCGUGAGCUUCUUGUCCUACACCAUGGCUCUGCACUCAGCCAAUAAGAUCCCGACCCCCACACACCGCCCCUCCAAGCUGAAGUAUCUCCUGGAACCGCCUGUUUACGCCGAAGUUGUCGGCCGACGGGGUGAGAACGCCACAUUGCCGUGCAUCCUGAAAUUCAAGCCCGACCACUACAAAGUCAAGUGGACCAAGCUAGAGCCGGGUCGCAUUGGCCCGGAGAACAUCGUGAUGAUUUCCAACGCGCACGCCUUCAAGCGGCACGGCCGGCUGGGCCCUCGCGCAAACCUCCGCCGGGCCCACAACAUGGACGCCUCCUUGCAGCUCGGAACGCUUCAACUGGGAGACGGCGGCCGAUACAGGUGCGAGCUCAUCAACGAUAUCGACGAUGAGAGUGUGGUGGUCACGCUGAGGAUCGAAGGCGUGGUUUUCCCGUAUCAGAGCCCAAAGGGCCGCUACGCAAUGACGUUUCACGAAGCCGAGGUGGCGUGCGAAGAGCAAGACGGAAUGCUGGCAUCCUAUGAGCAACUCUACAGAGCUUGGACGGAGGGUCUGGAUUGGUGCAAAGUGGGCUGGCUGCAGGACGGAAGCGUGCGCUACCCCAUCAUAAGCCCUCGGCCCGCCUGCGGAGCGCAAGCCCGACCCGGCAUUCGUACCUACUCCCCCAAAGACAAGAAGAGAGACCGUUUCGACGCAUUCUGCUUCACCUCUUUGACUGCAGGUUCCGUCUUCUACAUCCCGGGCGCGUUCUCCCUCGAGGCGGCAAGUGGCGCUUGUGGUCGACGUUCGGCCAAGCUUGCGCUGGUGGGGCACCUGUACGCCGCCUGGCGCUUCCGAGGCUACGACCGAUGCGACGGCGGCUGGUUGAGGGACGGCAGUGUGCGCUUCCCCAUCGGCGCCCCUAGGGAGCGAUGCGGGGGUGUCCCAGCGCCGGGGGUGCGCUCCUUCGGGUUCCCCAAUAAGACAUCGCAUAUUUAUGGAGCUUAUUGCUACAGGUAG